AUGCAAAUGAACUCCAUAACCCCAGUUGAGGCUCACAGCCCAAUACAAGUACAGGGCGCCGCGGCCGGGAGAGCCGCAGAGGCUGGAAAUACAAGUGUCCUUCUCGGGGGCCAUGUGCGUCGCGAGGGUGUAGAGGGGCGCUCGGGGGAGAAAAGACCUAAAACGUGGGGCGGCGCGCGGCGCGUCCGGGUUGAGCGGGCGGCGGCUGGAGCGGCGCCGAGCCCGGCUGGCGGCGGCGCGGCGCGGGCUGCGGGUCGGUCCCGGCGCCGCAGGAGCCGGCGGGCGGCGGCGGGCGCGCGCUCGCGGGCGCGGGCGGCGCGCGGGGACAGGCGGCGCGCGGGGCGGCGGGCGGCGGCGCGGGGCUCGGCGCCCACGCUGUCAGCGCCCUCCCGGCCGGCGCGGGAGAGGCGCGGGGGGGCCGUUCCCCAUCCACCCGCGGCGCCGGCCCGAGCCCCGCGAGGCCCCCGCCGGCCCCGGCCCCGUCCCAGAGGCGCCUUGCCUCCUACGUACCCGGAAAAAGCAGCCGGCGAGAGGCGAUCGAAGCGGGCGGAAAAGACAAUGAAAGUUAAAAGUCGUUCAGCAGAAAAUGAAUGUGAGCCAAGCGGCCAUCUUGAAGCGAGCUGCAGACGCCGCUGUCAAUGGGGCGGCCUGGGAAUUAGUGUCGGUGUAGUCGGGCCCGCGGCCGCCCCCUACCCCCGGAGCAGCGCGACCCGGCCCCCUCCCCCUUGUUGUGCACGGCGGCGGCGGCGCUGCUGCGGAGACAUUUCUCCACAGCGCCCCAUGCGCCACCCUGCUCUCGGCGCGGGCAUCGCUUCGGCCCCGCACGGAGCUCAGCCCCCCCCCCCCCCCACCCCCCGUUAUUUCUUUCUGCUGCCCGCCUCCGCUCGCGGCGCACACGUCCACGGGCUCCCGCCGGCCAGCGCUCCCCCAGCCCAGCCCAGCCUUCCCAGCGGGCUGCGAUCCGGACUAAGGCGCCGCGGCGCGGGACCUGCGCCCGAGCUGGGCUCGCGGAAACAACAGCGCCCGCCUCCGUCGCCCCGCGGCCGCGCCGGCCCUCUUCCUCGCCCAGAGGCGGCUGAGGUGGGGCGCGCGCGCGCGCGCGCGCGCAGGGGCACCGUGCGGGGGCCGCCCAGGCUGGGCCUCGGAGCCCGGAGAGCGAGGGUCCGGCUGCUGCCGAGCUCCCUCCCCGUACCUCCCGCGCAAGUAACGGGUUGGGCCGUCUCCCGCCGCGGGGCGGCAGUGCCCGCUUCCCCAGUCCCAAACCUUAGAGCUUCCACAAACUUCGGGGAUCGCAUCCUUUCCCACUGA